AUGCGGCCCUCUCGGCCCCAGACCAUCAAGGAGUUGGUGGCUCAGGCGGAGAGCUUCAAGUUCCUUACAAACAUUCCUUUCAAGCACUGGAUACGUGCGGCUGAGACGCUAUACCAAGAGGCCUCUUUUGCAGUCUCCGACGGCGAUUUCGGUCGAGCUUAUAUGAUGCUGUAUCGGCACUCGACCCUUGUUCUCCAGUAUAUGCCGACACACCCUCAAAUCAAAGACCCCGAGAACAAGAAAGCUUAUCUGGCGUUGUCGAAACGUAUCAAGCGUGUUAUUCAGGACCUCGAGCAGCUCAAGCCCGAGAUUGAGAAUGCUGUCAAGGAGUGGGAACGAAUGGCGCUGUCGCCCCAGGCGGGUACCCAGACGCCAGAACCCUCGUCUCAAUACGAACAGUUCGCGGCGCGCGACCCAAGCUUGACUGGCAAUGCAAAGAUUCUGGAUGCUAGCGAUCACCAAGACUUGGCGGUGGACCUGGCGCAGAAAGAGCUGAUACGAAGAGACACCGCAAGGAGGGUUACGAGACAGGCUGGGAUCACUGAUGACGAUAUCAUGUCACGAAGAAGAGGUGGAAGGUGGGAUCAAUGGGACGGUGCGCGUGCUGGAGACGAUGAUGAUCUUCGACGGCAGAUGGAGGCGACGAGGCAGGCCCUCGAUUCGGCGCAAGAAAGACGUACCGACGAUGAUUUCCGACCUACAUCGCACACCUACAACUACCCCUCCAUCUCCAGACCUCGACCUGUUGACUACGAAAGAAGCAACAUAGCGACGACCCCAUCAAUACAGCCUAGCAGACCACCAAAAGAGCCUGUUGCUUUACCACCUAAAGAACCCCUACAGAGCCCGUCGCUACCACAGACACAACCACCAAGUCUUCCGCAAAAGGUGCCUCUCCCAGGAUACGCACCUCUUAUUCCUUCCCCAUCGCCGCAAUAUGCGAAUGACCGUCCUGAAAUCCCUCGAAAAGAGGCGCUCAGUCCAUCUGGCGAUGUUGUCCCACCGACUCUUCCUAAAAAGGAACGUCUCACCUUUAAACCAGGCGCAUACCUCGAGAAUGGCGAUCCGAUACGAUCCCUCUUCCUCCCGAAAAACCUCCGGCAGAAAUUCCUCGAUAUCGCUGCUGAUAACACACGUCGGGGGCUUGAGAUGUGCGGUAUGCUGUGUGGUACACCCAUCAACAAUGCGCUUUUUGUCCGGUGUCUCUUGAUCCCCGAUCAGAAAUGCACGUCGGAUACGUGUGAGACGGAGAAUGAGGAGAGCAUGUUUGAUUACUGUAUGAAGGAGGACUUGUUGCUUCUUGGAUGGAUCCAUACACACCCGACGCAGACAUGUUUCAUGAGUUCGCGAGAUCUGCACACACAUGCCGGGUACCAGGUCAUGAUGCCCGAGAGUAUAGCUAUUGUCUGCGCACCAAAAUUCCAGCCUUCAUACGGCAUCUUUCGAUUAACUCAUCCUCCGGGAUUGGAUCACAUCCUGAACUGUAGACAUCAGGACACGUUCCACCAGCACUCAAUUGACAACAUCUAUCGAGGAGCGGGGCAACCCAAGGGUCAUGUGUAUGAGAGCGAUAAGCUGGACUUUUAUGUACACGAUCUGCGGACCAAAUAG